GUCACCGCGCAUCGCAUCGCACCGCCGCAUCCACCACUGCGACCAGCAACUGCGACCAUGUCCAAGCGCGCGUUCGAGUCCGCUUUCUCUGCCAGGCCUGGCGGCUUGCUUGUCACAGCCGAUGGCUUUGGCGCUCUCCAGCCCCAGGUGCAGCAGCUUCUCCCCGUCUCACGCGAAAGCGAGACUACCUCUACACUCCAUGUUCCUGGUCAAUGGCCCUUGGAAUCGCAGUUCACCGAGUGCGACGACGCUCCUACCGUAGGCGGUGGCUCCUUCUUCACUACCAUCGGAACAUGGGCCGCGACCGUCACCAACAUCACCAACAUCUUCCAGCUGCCAGCUCGAUUGGCACAGCGCUAUCUCCGCCAGCAGACCAUAUGCGCUGUCCCAGUUGUACGCAAAGACGGCUCCAUCAAGAAGCGACUUGUAGAUGCUGGACACGCGGAUGAGCCAACGACACCCUCACCUUCUGCGCGAGCACACGCGAACCUGAAACGUCGCCGUUUCCCCCAAGCCACCACACUCUCACCGGACUUAUGGUCGCCAAGUCCGAGCCCCGUGCAGUCUGGCGAAGGCGUCCUGGCCACCUUGCCUGCAGUCAAUGAUUUUGACGACGACGAUAGCCUGGAAUUCUCAUUUACCGAUCUUCUCACUUCAACUCCUCCCCGUAAUGCCCGAACUGGCUCUCCUAUACCAUGUUCAUGGGACAGCCCGCAGAUCCACCCAAAUGGCCCUACUUUCCAGCCAGCCCCAGUCACACCCAUGCGCCGACACCUGCUUAAGCUGCAGCUGCGCGCACAUGUUGAGCACCAGGAUGCUCGGGAAGAAAGAAUCGCCGAUGCCGAUGCACAGACACCUGAGCUUGAGACGGCCCUCUACGAGGACUCUGAGCUUCCGAUCCCACUAUCAUCUCCCUUCCAGACCGACGUUUCAUCUUCUCCUUUCCAGACAGACGUCGAGUCUUCGCCAUUCCAAUCACACAUAUCUUCCGAUCAGCCACCUGCGUAUGAGAACGAUCUGUCGUUUCUCUCUGAUGCUCCCUCCCCCCCGCGCAAGAAGUCUGUGCGAUGGGCACAGCACGCUGGCGCAAAGUCGUUCUUUAUCGACGAGAGAGUCAGCGAAAUGCUUGACUCCACACUUGAAACCAUCACAUCAAACCUCCAGGAAGACCUCAAGAAGAAACUGGCCCUCGCUCCACCGCCGUCUCCGCCUCCACCGGUGAAGCCUCUUGUGCUUCCCCUAUCUUCAGAAGAGCUAGAUGCACUUGAUGCCGUUGUCGCUCAAACCGACCACGGUCGCAACGCGAACAUGUACGUUAUCCCGGAGAAGUUAUACGCCCGAGACUUUGGUACUCUCCUUCCGGAGCAAUUCAAUGGCGAUCCGAAAGCCUGGCUCAACGACAAUAUUGUCAAUGAGUACCUAGCCAUUCUUGUGGCCCAUAAAAAGAAAGAGAUUGGAUUUGCGCACAAACGCGGAGGGCCAGCUCCCCCAGUUCACGCCUUCUCUUCGUUUUGGUAUAGCACUAUCAAGGACCGGCCGAAGUCUGUCGAGCGAUGGGCUUCUAGGUUCCAGCUAGGUGGACGCCAGUAUUUGGAUGCCGACCUUGUCCUAUAUCCAAUUUGCGAUGGGGGGCAUUGGCGUCUGCUUGCGGUAAAGCCGAAGGAGAGAAUUAUCGAGUACUUGGACUCUUUGGGCUUCAGUGGCCAGAAAUACGUGGUUAAGCUCAAGGAAUACUUGAGCAAGGAGCUAGGAGAUGCCUGGGUUGAGGAGGACUGGACCACUGUCGAGCUACAGCGCAGUAGCCAACAGCUCAACAGCAGCGACUGUGGAGUUUUCACGCUCCUGAAUGCGCUGACAGUCCUUCGAGGAGAGGAGGCCCAGCGAGUUGUCGCUUGUUGCGGCAUGACAGAUGCUAGGGAGCGGAUCGCUACUACCCUCUUAGCCGGUCACCCAACUACAGAGCUGGAGUGAGAAGUUUUGUUGGUUUUUUGGCGUUUGAUUUUUGUUGGGAGGGAUUCAUGGCUGCGUGUCUUGCUCUUUGUUCUUGUUGGCGUUUGGUUUGAUUGUUUGUGCCGCUUGCAUAGCGAUGGUGUUCAGUCGCUUAGGAGGCCUACGGCUCACAUGACCUUGAUACCCCCCCUGAUGGCGCCCAUAGAGGCUUGAUUUUGUACUG